UCAGUGUGUUUCUUGUGUUCCCGAUGCUAUCCAACGCAUGAUGCCAUGCCCAACGGUGACCGUGAACCUUUGCGGAUGUCUUCCGUUGGGUGCCGUCACUACAGGAGACGCUGCAAAAUCGUGUCUCCGUGUUGUGGCCAGGUCUACUGGUGCCGUCACUGCCACAAUGAAGCAGCGAGCAGCAGCAGCUGGCCGCACGAAAUCAACCGAGCACAGAUCGUUGAGGUGAUUUGCCAGCUGUGCAAUCACCAACAGAAACCUGCACAGAGCUGCGAUGCUUGUGGACAUGACUUUUCUUCAUAUUAUUGCCAGCAAUGCAACUUUUGGGACGAUGAUGGGAUCAGGAAGCAAGUCUUCCAUUGCGACAAAUGCGGCAUUUGCCGCGUCGGAGGUCGCGACAAUUAUUUUCACUGUGAUGCUUGUGGAAGCUGUUACCCCGCCGAGAUCAAAGAUUCGCACACGUGCGUGGAGAAUGCAAUGCGAAGAAACUGCCCGGUGUGCUUGCAGGAUCUCUUUCAAUCGGUCACGCAAGUCACGAUCUUGCAAUGCGGCCAUACCAUUCACCAGGACUGCCUUCGGGAAUUGCAAAUGUCGUUUGCAGGAUUGCAGUCCUUGCGGUGCCCCAUAUGCAGCGUGUCUCUCUACGGCUGCGACGAUCUGUGGCACGAGAUUGACCGGCAGAUCGAGGAGACGCCAAUGCCUUUUGAAUACAGGCAGCAGAUCAAGAUCAGUUGCAAUGAUUGCCAGCAGCCAUCCUCAGUGGAAUUUCACAUCCUUGGACAAAAGUGCCUAGCUUGCAGGUCCUACAACACAAGACGGGUAUGAAGCCCCAUUGAGAGCGAAAAUUGUGGCAGCAAGUUUCACCCAGAUCGAGGUCUUUGAUUGAAUCCUGCGGAAAGAACAAUUAAACAAUUACAUUGACAUUGGUGCCAGCGCUUCUUCAAGGAAGCUCCCCACUGGCGGGAGCUUCCUUCUUGAAGAAGCGUGAGCUAUCCUGCGUUCAGUUGCUAGAAGCUUAAGCAUUGCUGGUAGCGAACUUCUCCCCUUCUCAGCUAUGUAGGUGCCUACGAAGAAGAAGAAGAAGAAGAAGAACUAGAAGAAGAAGAAGAAGAAGAACAAGAAGGAGAAGACCAGUAUUAAGUGAAUUUAGUCUUUCAAAAUACACCUCACUGACCCUUCAAAACACAAACAAGGGUUUUGGAAGUAAGACGCUUUCGGCAAACGCAGCUGCAAGAGGC